CUACUCAUUUACUUCUUUUUCUUGACAAUUGCUGCGGUGUUCAUAACAUCAAGCCUUUAUAUUCUUCUCUUUAAAUCUUGGUUGUGUCUCCUGAAUCUAUCAAGAAACAUGGAUUGGACACACAAACUUCUUUUCUGUGUUUUUCUUAUUUUUGUUGCAGCCAUUGGUGGAACUCAAGCAGAUGCCACAGUCACCGGCACUGUCUUUUGUGACCAAUGCAAGGAUGGCCAAGUAUCCCUUUUUGACUAUCCCAUUUAUGGAAUUAAAGUUACAAUGACCUGUGCUGAUGCUAGUGGUCAAAUCACAAUGUCGAGGGAAGAGACCACAAAUUGGUUUGGAAACUAUGUAAUGAAGUUUGAUGGCAGCCCAGAUUUGAGCAAUUGUUAUGCUCAGGUUUCAAGCAGUGGUCAGGGUUCAAAUGUCUGUGGUGCAGCAGCUGGUCCUUCCCAAAAGCUUAGACUAACGUUCAGGAUGUUUGAUAUGGAGUUUUACACGGUGGAUUCUUUGCUAACUGAGCCCUCAGCUUCCAUGUCUUUUUGUCCAAGGUCUGUGAACCCAGUGCCUGCACCUGUAACACCUGUAAGACCUCCAGUAACUCCUACAACACCUCCCCCUGCUUUCAGGCUUCCUCGAAUGCCUCCACUGCCUCCACUGCCUCCUCUGCCUCCUAUGUCACCAUUUCCCAUCCUAGAAGCAUCAGCAUGUCCACACCAGAGCUGGACUAUGCCAGAGUACAAAUGCUACUGGAGGGCAGUGAAUCCUGACAUGAAGGUAGCUGUUGUCUUCGGGUUGCUCGCGGCUAGAAGAUACGGAACAGAUAUGACAUUAUGGCAAGGCUUGCAAGGGAGAGGUGACCCGUAUAGGACUCUCCUGAGAGAAGGAACAACUGCUCUCCUCAAUUCCUAUAACAGCAUUGAGUUCCCUUACAAUGCAAUCAGUGUGGUCACACACAUGAACUGGGCCUUGAUGGGUUCCCAAAGGAGUGUCCUCCUGACAGCUUUGAGAUUCACGAGGGCAAAUUCUGGUUAUGGCAGAGUCACCUGCAAAUUCAACACUUGCAAAUGAUGUACACUAUUCAUUGGCUUUUGUUUGUCCAUUGGAUAUACUUUAUUCCUUCUAUAAUUAUAGAUUAUAAUGCACUAUAUUCCUAUUACUGUCU